UCUCUAUUUCUCCCGCGUUGAAAAAAAAAAAAAACAGGCUCGAGGGAAUUAUUCCUUCGUAUCUUUUUAUUCCUCAAUUUCUCUCUUUUCUGGGUUUUUUUUUUUUGCGGCCAACCAUCGAGCCGGAGAGAGUCGCGCUCUCCGCCAUAACAUAUAUACAUGGAGGAAAAAGAGCCCAUGGACGCUUCCUCUCAUUUCCUUCAAGAACAGAUGUCUGAUGAUCAGAAGGGGAUCGAGUGCACUGCCUUGGACAUGGUGGGUGACAGUCAUGAGUUUUGUGCAAUCUGUUUGGAGAGGAUACCACUUCAGGAGACUGCUCUUGUGAAAGGUUGCGAGCAUGCUUACUGUGUGACUUGCAUCCUAAUAUGGGCCACGUAUAAUCAGAAUCCAUCCUGUCCUCAGUGCAAGCAUCCGUUUCAGUUUCUCAGUGUUCAUCGAUCACUAGAUGGCAGUAUUCAUGAUUACAUGUUUGAGGAGAGUGUUUGUCUGCUCAUUAGAGCCACUUGGUUUGUGCCUCUACCAUUGGAGGCUCAGGAAGAAGCCUCCUACGAACAAGAAGCUAUCUAUCAGUAUGAGGAUGAGGAGGAUGACGAUCUAGAUGAUGAAGCUUACUUUGGCAGCUCCUCAAGCCUUCGUAUCGGUAACCGUAGGUGGGGAGACAAUGGUUAUAUUAGGGCGGGGCGCAGAGAAGCCAGGCCCGUCCAUCAAGAGCGUUUCCAAGAAGCCAGUGCUGGUUCAUCAGGUGGCCAGAGGAAUAAAGAGCCAUCGAAAGAUGUUAUGGGUCGAAGGGCUAAGCGGGCCAUGAAACGUGACGCUGCAGAUAAGGCCGCUGCAGCCAAGCACCAGCAGCACUUGCAAAGGUUGGGCCGCAAGUGAUCUUGUUUUAUUUUCCCAUCAGAAAAAGUUACCAUGGAGGUGCCUUCUUGUAAGUAUUCAAACAUGAUGCAUUCUAUGUACAGGAUUUCACUAAUUACGAUGUCGUUUUGCAUUUUUAGACCAACCUUUAGAAAUAGUGACAUUGUAAUGGAUGGUUGGUUACCUUUGUAUUUACCAGUCACCCAUUUCGAAUUCUUCCAAAACUUUGAUAUUCA